ACGGCUCCAAACUCAACACUUUGCCCACUUUCUUUCUCCUCCAACCAUGGCUGCAGCGGUUUAGGGGGGCGCCGCCAGACCCAGAGGUGCGCCACCAAAAGACAACAUCUCAUCACAAGGAAGAAAUACGUGGUUUCAGCUUGAAGGAAGGAGCCAAGACGACCUUGUGGAAAAAGUCUUUAGAAAAAAAAAAAAACAACAACUUUAAAACGGAUUAUCUCUUUCAUCUAUAAUUCAUUUUCAUCUAUUUUUCCCCUCAAGUAUCCUGUUGUGGCCUCUACACCCAUUUGGAGUAUUAGGAAUCUUUUCGGCACAAUUUCUCCAACCGAGUGAAUAAUUUGGAUUAUCCUCUGAGGUCAACUGCGUCCUUCACCAUCUCAAGGAUCUACCUGCUUAUCCGCUCCACCUGGAACAACUUAGAUGAGCUCAGCCUGCUUAUAAUUCACAAAAGAACAAGGCCUGCACCAAUAACUGAUCAUUUUCUCUCCUUUUUGUGAACUCUGUCAACUUUUCAUCACAGCUGGAUAGGCUCCUUGUCUCACAGUAUUCUCCAUCUCGCGUUUCUCCCCUGUCUUUGCGCUGAUCGUUGCAUGGUAGCGAGCCAAUGGCGCUGCUGAAGAUGAAGUUCAGCCAGCAGAGGCGGGUGCGCCUGGCCCAGGGCCUCUGGCUACUCUCCUGGCUGGCAGUGACGUGUGGGGCCUUCAUCUUUUGUCUGGGGGUUUACAUCAAGAUUGAGCUGCUUCGUAGAGAUGAGGUGAUGGAAAACACAGAGAUCCAUGUAGUACCCAACCUGCUAAUGAUGGUCGGCCUGGCUUCCAUCGGCGCCAACUGGGUUGCCAGUCGGGUGUGCCAGGACUCCCUGGAUCCAAGCCGCUUCCCCCGCUGGAACGUCCUCCUGCUGGUCUGGUUUGCUGUGGCCACGCUGCUGUGCUGUCUGCUCCUUGCCGUGGUGGUCCUCAGUUAUGCCCUGCAAGGGCGGCUGGAAGAGUCGCUGAAGGUGGGCCUGAGGAACGGCAUCCGGUUCUACAAGGAUACAGACGUCCCUGGCCGCUGCUUCCAAAAGGAAACCAUUGAUCGUCUGCAGAUGGAGUUUCGCUGCUGCGGAAACAACAACUUCAAGGACUGGUUCGAGGUUCAGUGGGUCAGCAACAGAUACCUGGAUUUCACUUCCCAGGAAGUCAAAGAUCGUAUCCGGAGUAAUGUGGAUGGUCGUUACCUGUUGGAUGGCGUUCCUUUCAGCUGCUGCAACCCUGUCUCUCCUCGUCCCUGUCUGCAGUACCAGCUGACAGAUAGCAGAGCCCACUACAACUAUGAAUACCAAUCGGAGGAGCUCAACCUGUACAGCCGCGGUUGCAGACAGGCUUUGACCGACUACUACAUGGGUUUGAUGAACUCAACUGGCCCUGGUGUGCUGUCAGUCAUCCUAAUUCAGGUCUCUGUGAUCCUGAGCAUGCGCUACCUGCAGACGGCCGUGGAGGGGGCCAUGGCCCUGGAGGCUCCCGAGGGUGAAAGUGAGGGUUACAUCCUGGAGAAGGGUGUGAAGGAAACCUAUGCCGACAUCAGAGAAAAGGUUAACAAUCUCCUAAAGUUUGGCCAAGUUGAUCCAGCUUCCGAGGACGCGGGGGCCGAAGAAGGGGAGAAAGCAGCCGAAGCCAUGGAGAAGGCCGCCACUCCACCUCCGGCCAGCUAGAACAAGGAAAAGAAGAUUUCAAAAUGAGCUGAGGAGGAAGGGAGGCAGGUUGUGUGUCUGUGCUUCACUUAUUUAUUAAAAUGUUUGGUUGUGUGACUUGGGCGGUAGAAGGAAGGACACCUGUUGGGUUUUGAGAGCGGUAGGCUUGAUUUGUGCUCCAUCUGUAAAGCAGCCGCAGCUCCCUUGAACAUGACCAGAACAGGACAACACACUAGGCACAAAGGAAAAAAAUAAAAUAAAUCUCCCGUGUGCAGGACUCGACGAACCAUCAGAUAAUCUGCUCACAAGGUUGAGAAGUACAUUCUGUUUCUUUUUUUUCUAGAAGAGAUUCAAAGUUUAUUCAGGUGUAGCAUAAACACAGAAAAAAAAAACAUAUCUGACUUGUUUUGAGUCAAAUUUGGGAAAGUUACACUCAGGAAGCUAAGGUUUAUCCCAUGUGCAAUGUAUUAUUCAUCUCUCCGCUGUAGAGUUUGUACUGAACUGCAAUGAAAUGCUUAGGAACUUGUUAAACUGGCACAUGAAUAUUAUAUUAAAGGUAGAAGUUUCUAACUGC